AUGAUAUUCAUGAUCGCCGUUCGAUGGCAGCCCAUUAAGACAUAUCUUCAAAUCACUCGUCCUCGUCUGGGAUCCACAUGGACUCCAGGUGGACCGAUCAGGGUUAAAUCUUCCCUAGUGUAAAUGAAAUUUUAAUUUGUCUUGGAUAGAUUUAAAGUUCUCUUAGAUGUGAAUUUUCUUUGUUACAUAUACAUAAGAUAUAUGUAUAAGAUAUUUUUUUAACAAUUCCAAGUAAAACAUUUAUCAGACAAAAGAUAGAGAAAUUUUGUUCUAAUCAUCGAGAAAUAAAUAAUGCCAGCUUUAGUGGAAACAGAUUCAAUUUUCAUCUACGCCACAGAGGAACCUCUCGACUUCUCGAGGAAUCUUGCGCUAGUCACGUUUUUUCUAAUUUUAUUUCUAAUUGUAUUCUUCACUCUCAUUUUUAUCUUGACUUGUCUAUUUUUUAUUUUUACCUAAAUCUUUCUCUGAUACCUUCAUGUUAUUAACC